CUGUUUUUAUGUACAGUGUCCCAACUUUUUUGGAAUCAGGUUUGUAUAUAUAUAUCAUCUGUUUGCAGUUUGCAGUCCCAAUCGUCCUUUCAGUUGCCAGGUAGCAUCUCGUUCACAAAUCUCUCAUUUGAUAGGCCUGUAAUAUGGGAGGGUUUGUCCCAUCAACCAGGUUAGUAGGACCAACCCCAUUUGCAGACAAUCCUUGUUUGGACUCUGCUUGGAUCAGCUUAUAUUUGUACUGAAUCCUUGUUAAAAAAGUCCCUCAGCCAUUUUUGAAGAGGCUUCAUUUCUUUAUCAGGUUGUCAAUUUCUCCUCAAUUUGUUGGUGUUGCUGUUUCAUGUUGGUAGGAUUAUGUUUUUAUCAAAAUUCUGAUUGAUUGAUUGAUUGAUAGAUUGAUUUGUAUAAAUCCAGAAGCUGAAAAUCAAUAUACACAGCUUCUCCUUAUUGGCUUAUUUCGAUUAUUUACAAUAAAACUAUUUAAAAGUAUUCAUAGCAAUAUUCCCAGAGAGGUCUUUAAAGCACCAUGGACAUCUCUAUGUUAACAAAUUUAUAGCAUAUGGCUGCCCUGAAUGUUGGUCGCGUAGGGCCAAAACCCAGGUCUUCAUUCUCACAUGAAGACUUAUUUUGACUGGGUCAAAAUAAGUACAGUUGAGUCAGUCUGAGUGCUAACUUCCUCUAAGAAACAAAACACAGAAGUGCUUUGCCCCUCCAGGACCAAUAUUGUGCAGUCCUGUAACAUAUUUGUCUCCAAGCAAAUGUUCUCCUUCUGGACAGACGGAAAUAAUAUAGACUUUUCAGUCAUGACAGGAAUUUUGUACCAGUUUGGCUCCGGCCAUGCAGCAAAAAAUUGGUCACAUUCAGAAUGCAGUGCCCAUCCUAUGCUUUAUAAACUCUAAAACUGCCAAGAUGGAAGGAGAUCAACUUGGGUAGAAAGAUGACUGCAAACCAGAAGAUGACCUUGAGGGUCAUUCUAACAGAGGCGGAUAUAAGAAAAGUCAUCCUAACCACAAGGCCCUCUACAGUCGAAGAUUUGAUAAGCAAGCUUAAAGAAUCACUGGGACUUCAUUAUAACUUCAGUCUCCAAUACCAAGACCCUGAAUUCAAUAAUGAGCUAUGCAAUCUGACAGAUACUGAAGAACUUCCAGUAAAACCAACAGUUAAAGUUAUCCCUGUCCUUGAGCUGGUACCUGUCUCAUCUGAUGAAGUCUUCAGUGACACACCCAGUACAGCAGAUACAGACAUACUCUCACACUUAUCUCAGGAGCGACAGAAACAGUGGCCAGAAUUUUUUGAUAUCCCAACCUUUUCUGUUGAUGUAGAGUAUAGACUUAGGCAAGCAGAUCUACUGUUUAUGAGUGAGGGUACAUACCUUAAAGUAUCAAAAGAACUAAAACACGAGAUACUUGAAAGAUUGGCAGAGAGCAUGUAUAGCUACACAGCAUACCCAACUGCUGCUCAGUUCGAAAGUGUUGCAACAGCACUGAUAUACAAGCACCCUUGUCUCCAGGAGCGAGGCUCAACCACUCGCUGUUGUGGUUGGAAAAAUAGUCUAAAGCAUAAAAUGGCUAAUUAUAGAACUAAGCGUAGGCAAUCAGGAUGUCUUGAUGUUGCAGUAAAUGUAGGUAAGCGGGGAAAGCAUUCAGCAGGACAACCAGCUAACAAGCGCAUCAAGAAGGCGAACAAAGGUGAAAUCAACUACUUGCCCAACUUUCCGGAAGGAUUUGAUCAGGCAGCCCUGGAGGGUGCCUGUAAAGACUUGGUUGAUGAAAUGCAGAAGAGAACACCAAAUGGACCUCAUGUGAAACAGAAGAUGGAUCUGACGUUUGCUCUGAGAAGAAAAGAGGUAGUGGAGUCAGAACCUGCCAUAAGCACGAUGGUGAAACGCUGGCCUGCCCUUUUCACUGAAGAUCAAGUGUUCUUGGAGUUCAGCAGGAUUGUGGGCAAGAACCUCAAGCAGGAAUUCUAUGAGAGCAUCGAUCGGCACAGUCCUCGUCUCCUCGAGUUAUUUCAAUCCAAGAGAGGGAAUGUUGGACAGUUGUUGACACAGAUUUCACAACAGACCAAUACUACAGAGCCAACUGCGAUCCGGACACAGGUGCUCAGAGGGCUUCCUAUCAUCCUUGGGGACAACCCCACAAACUUCUUCAAAGCAGGCUUUGAAUCUGAUGAUGAUGAUUCUUUUCGUGACCUUGACAUUGGGAUACUUCUCAUUGAGCGUGAAGGUGCUGUGCUCACAUCUUCCCAGCAUCUCAGUCCAGCCUCGUUGAAAAUCAUCAUUGAGGGAGAAGUCGUGAUGGACAACAUUCAAGAUCUGCCAAAAGCAAUGUGCAUUCUGUUUGGACUCAUGUAUGCACUCCAUCUUAACUACCCCAAGACUAUGAAGCUAACAUUUCAGUUCAUCCAACAGACCCUUGUUCCGAGACCCGUCCUGCACCUCCCUCCCAACUACCUGGAUCACCUAUCUGCCCUCCCGUUAUCGACCUUCGUCCGGACUGACUCCCCGCUCUGUUGACCGAACCCUGUCUGACUUUCUGACCAUUCUUGCCUCCCGGACUUCGUACCACUGCUACCCACUAUCCACCCUCCAACAAUACAUUCAUACCCGCC